CAUGUCUCUGAUUGGCUGAGGGUUGUUAAAGGCCACGUUGAGCGACCUUUAUUGCGCUCAGUUAGUUGGCGGUGACACGGCUGCAGCAUGCCGGCAGACAUCUCCCAGUGGACCGGCUCUCUGGAGCUCCAUGAGGUGGAAGAGAAACCAGCGCAUCCGCUGAGCGUGAGCUACGGCUCCCUGCGGGUAGAGGAGCUGGGCCAAGUGCUGACACCCACCCAGGUAGCCUCGCCAGCGCAGGGCAUGAGUGCGUCACACCCCCAGCCAGCCCGGGCCUGCACCGCGCUACCGCCCCGCCUUAUAACGGGCCUGUCCGCGGAGCCUCCGGGGAGCGGACUGACCGUGAUAUACAGGAUGUCGAUCUGACAGACAGACAGACAGACAGACAUGGGGUGCGGGGUGCUGGGCUGCGGUUCGGUUAUUCAGUCUCUUGUAUAGUAAUAUAAGAUUUUAUCGCCAUUAAAAGAUCGCACUCCAGGGACUUAUCCCGUGUUCAAAAAGUUGACUUUUCUGUGUAAAACUUUCUGUAAGACAAACGUAAAGUUUUUUUUAUUUUUUAUUUUUGGAUAUAAACUCCCUGGAGUGUUGUCUUAUUGCAAUUCUAUAAAUCUCUCUCAAAUUUAUUUAUUUAUAUAUUUUUUUCUUUAUUUCAAUAUUUAGUAGUAAAACAUGCAAUUUUUUUUUUUUCCUCAUUAUGGGUAUCUCUUAACAAACAAACAAAAAAAAACCCCAGCUCAAAUUUUGUCUCUCUUCAAUCACAGACUCCUCAAUGAGAAGGCUUUCUAAGGCAGGUGCUCCGGGCAAUUGUUGCCUCGUUUAGUUUAGAUCCACUGAGCUAACCAAACCAGGAAGUAACAACUGGAUCAAUGACCGCCGUGGAUGCAUAGGCUUUGAUUCAUAAAAGUUCCAAUUUCUAUUGAAAUCUCCAACUUUUUGUUACUUUUUCACCCAUAAUUCACUUUAGCAAGCUGUCAUGCUUUAGGGCUUGGGAGUGUCCAUUUAAACAACUUAGAAUCCCAAAAUACUAAAAUUGAUAACUGUAAAGCAUCCUGGUGUGUACAAAACUUAAAGGACCACUAUAGUGCCAGGAAAACAUAUUCGUUUUCCUGGCACUAUAGUGCCCUGAGAGUGCUCCCGCCCGGCUCUGGAAGGGGGAAAGGGGUUUAAACUUACCUUUUUCCAGCGCUGGGCGGAGAGCUCAACUCCUCCGAUCCUCCUCUUCUCCUCCCCGUCGGCUGAAUGCGCACGCACGGCAAGAGCUGCGCGCGCAUUCAGCCGGUCACAUAAGAAAGCAUUAUCAAUGCUUUCCUAUGGACGCUGGCGUGCACUGUGAAAAUCACGCAAGCGCCUCUAGUGGCUGUCAAUGAGACAGCCACUAGAGGAAAUAGGGGAAGGCUUAACCCAUUCAUAAACAUAGCAGUUUCUCUUAAACUAUGUUUAUUAAAAAAUGGGUUAACCCUAGCUGGACCUGGCACCCAGACCACUUCAUUAAGCUGAAGUGGUCUGGGUGCCUAGAGUGGUCCUUUAACUGGGAAAAAUAUUUGGAUCAAAUUGUGCAAUUUAACUUUCAGUUUUCUUACAAGUUACUCUUUAUUUAAACCCAGAUAUCUUUCUUCCUAGCAGGUUAUCAGUACAGCAACUAGGAACAUAUGUACAGAGCCAUGGAAUGUGUGGGCACAUAUAAAGUAUAAUAACAUGUCCAGGAAGUGUCUGUUAAUGGCUGCCGGUAACUCCAUGCCUGAGGCCAAGAUCAUGGGUCCUUUAUUUUUAUUGUGGUGAAAGCUGUUCCAUAAGAGCAAAGCCUUCCUAUUGACUAAUGGAAUUUUAUGAGGAUGCAUCCUGGAUUAAAAUCUUUGAGUUGUCCAGCAAACCAGUAUUUGCAGAAAAUUUACAAGUGAAGUAGAACAUAUAGAGCAAAAUGGCUUAACUGGAAAAAAAAAAAAUUCCCACUUAUUUUUCUAGCAAGUUUGUUUGCCUAAAUUGUGCAUUCUAAAUUCAGAAUCUUUCCCAAACUGGAUUGCUUAAAGGACCACUAUAAUGCCAGGAAACAAACUUGUUUUCCUUGCACUAUAGGGUCUUUAAGUUCUCACCCUCAGGGUCCUACUCGCUCUGGGCAGAAGGGGUUAAACACUUUCUUCAGCUCCUGGCAACUCUACUCCCUCUUCCGACGUCUGCUCCGAAUGCACAUACGUGGCAAGAGCCGCGCGCAUUCAAACCGCCCAUAGGAAAGCAUUUCUCAAUGCUUUCCUAUGGACGUCACCGUCUUCUUACUGUGAUUUUUACUGUGAGAAGUGCGGAAGCGCCUCUAGCGGCUGUCAGUGAGACAACCACUAGAGGCUGGAUUAACCCUAGCGUAAACAUAGCAGUUUCUCUAAAACUGCUAUGUUUACAGCUGACACCCAGACCACUUCAUUGAGUUGAAGUGGUCUUUGUGACUAUAGUCAGGUCCGCCACCAGAAAUUUUGGGUCCCCUAACUCAGCUCAGACUGGAGCAAUUUAAAUGGAGUCCAAGAAAAAUGGGAUUAUUUAAAAGUUGCACUAUUGAAGGCAACAGAAAAUUGCAUUAGGCUUGUCAGUAAAAGCAAAAAAUUCAAGAAACCACUGUGGUACUCUGCAGAUGUGGCCAAAAUAGUUAAAAACAAAAAGUUAGCAUUUAGGAAUUAUAAAAAAAAAAAAAAAUCAUAGUGAGGGAGACAAAAUGUUCUAUAAGAUUAGGCAGAAAGAGGCUAAGCAAGUUAUAAGAGCUUCCAAAUCACACACAGAAGAGAAAAUAGCACAGUUAGUAAAAAAAAAAAUGGGGAUAAAACAUUUUUUAGAUACAUAAAUGAGAAAAGAAAAGUAAAACAAGGAUUAGUUAGAUUAAAAACAAAAGGAAAGUAUGUAGAAGAGAAUAAAGGUCAGGCUGACUGCCUCAAUGAAUAUUUUUGUUCUGUAUUUACAGAAGAAAAUGAAGGAAAGGGACCUCAGUUGAGAAAAAGGAUAAAUGAGUCAUUUAUUACACGUGAGUUUACAGAGGAAGAGGUUCUAUUUCAACUGUCAAAAGUAAGACAAAUAAGUCAAUGGGACCUGAUGGAAUACACCCAAAGCUAUUAAAAGAGCUUAGUGGUGUACUAGCAAAACCAUUAACAGAUUUAUUUAACCAAUCAUUGUUAACAGGAGUAGUCCCAGAAGAUUGGAAGUUAGCGAAUGUUGUGCCCAUUUACAAGAAAGGUAAUAGGGAGGAGUCGGCAACUAUAGGCCAGUAAGCCUUACUUCAGUAGUGGGGAAAGUGAUGGAAACCAUGUUAAAGGAUAGGAUUGAUGAACAUCUAAAAACACAUGGAUUUCAAGAUCAGAGACAACAUGGGUUUACUUCAGGGAGAUCAUGCCAAACUAAUCUUAUUGAUUUUUUUGAUUGGGUAAUUAAAAUUAUAGAUCAGGGUGGUGCAGUAGACAUUGCUUACCUAGAUUUCAGUAAGGCUUUUGACACUGUUGCACAUAGAAGGCUUAUCAAUAAACUGCAAUCUUUAAGUUUGGAUUCCAAUAUUGUUGAAUGGGUAAGGCAGUGGCUGAGUGACAGGCAACAGAGGGUUGUAGUUAAUGGAAUAUAUUCGAAGCUUGGACUUGUCAACAGUGGGGUACCUCAGGGAUCUGUACUUGGACCCAUUCUCUUUAAUAUUUUUAUUAGUGAUAUUGCAGAAGGUCUUGAUGGUAAGGUAUGUCUUUUUGCUGAUGAUACUAAGAUAUGUAACAGGGUUGAUGUUCCGGGAGGGAUAAGCCAAAUGACAAAUGAUUUAGGUAAACUAGAAAAUGGUCAGAAUUGUGGCAACUGACAUUUAAUGUGGAUAAGUGCAAGAUAAUGCAUCUUGGACGUAAAAACCCAAGGGCAGAGUACAGAAUAUUUGAUAAGAGUCCUAACCUCAACAUAUGAGGAAAGGGAUUUAGGGGUGAUUAUUUCUGAUGACUUAAAGGUAGGUAGACAAUGUAAUAGAGCAGCAGGAAAUGCUAGCAGAAUGCUUGGUUGUAUAGGGAGAGGUAUUAGCAGUAGAAAGAGGGAAGUGCUCAUGCCAUUGUACAGAACACUGGUGAGACCUCACUUGGAGUAUUGUACAAAGUACUGGAGACCGUAUCUUCAGAAGGAUAUUGAUACCUUAGAGAGGGUUCAGAGAAGGGCUACUAAACUGGUUCAUGGAUUGCGGGAUAAAACUUACCAGGAAAGGUUAAAGGAUUUUAACAUGUAUAGCUUGGAAGAAAGACGAGACAGGGGGGGAUAUGAUAGAAACAUUUAAAUAUAUAAAGGGAAUCAACACAGUAAAGGAGGAGACUAUACUUAAAAGAAGAAAAACUACCACAACAAGAGGACAUAGUCUUAAAUUAGAGGGACAAAGGUUUAAAAAUAAUAUCAGGAAGUAUUACUUUACUGACAGGGUAGUGGAUGCAUGGAAUAGCCUUCCAGCUGAAGUGGUAGAGGUUAACACAGUAAAAGAGUUUAAGCAUGCGUGGGAUAGGCAUAAGGCUAUCCUAACUAUAAGAUAAGGCUAGGGACUAAUGAAAGUAUUUAGAGAAUUGGGCAGACUAGAUGGGCCGAAUGGUUCUUAUCUGCCGUCACAUUCUAUGUUUCUCUGUCUACUAGACAGCCACUAGAGGGCACUUCCUGAUUCAUAGCAAAGAUUUUCUUUGCUCGAGCGUCGCUGGACGUCCUCACGCUGUGUGAGGACAUCCAGCGUCGCUCAAUUCCCCAAAGGAAAGCACUGGAAAUUUUUUUUUUUUUCAAUGCUUUCCUAUGGGGAGACCUAAUGCGUGUACGCAUUAGGUUUCCUCAGCCGGCUGGCGGGAUCGGUCUCGCCCACUGGCUGAUGUGAUUACUGGCAGGAGUGAUGCCGACCCGAAACCACCGCCGAGGGACAUCGGCAUGGUCUCAGGUAAGUGACCUGAAGAGGUUUUCACCCCUUCAGCUACCUGGGAUGGGAGGUGGGAGGGAGAGAGUACCUGCAGUGACAGGGAAAAUGGGUUGUUUUCCUGGCACUGGAGUUUUCCUUUAAUGUAAAUAGUGAAACUAUUUAGGCUUUGCUCUACUGAUUGAGUUUAGCUACUGCGAAUAAUUAGCUGACCGUCUGAGCCAUUGUGUGAGUCAGGAGUGCUGUCAGUAUGACUUCUUACUUGAGGUCCUACUCUAGAGUUUCUAAGUGGUGACUACGACAUCACCAGAACCAUUAUAGAUUUCUGUAUAGGCUGUGGUGUGGAGUGUUGUAAAGAUAUAUCUUGAGGAAAUACUUACCCUGACUAAGUUGGAAUUUUAUUGAAAUUCAAAACAAUCCAAAGAUGUCAUGAGACAAUAUGUAUACUAUUGUGUCUUGUGUUAAAGCUUGAGGCGUGGGAUUCAGGAAUUGUCUUGAUUAUCUGUGGAUGGUAGGCGACUGUAAGGGACAGCUUUAGAUAAGUAAACAUACCUUCCAUUGCACUUUGGCCCUAACUGGAAAUGUCCCCUUCAAGGAUGUUUGCUAAAUAUGCAUAGACUCUCUUGAAAGUGACAGAUCCAGUUUAAAGGAACACGAAUGUGUUCGGAAUGUAGUCCUAAAAUAUUAAUCUUUAAGUUCUGAUAAAAAAACAAAAAAAAAACUUUGUCUUUUUGCUAUGUCUGUUCAAACGUAGUUCACAUUAUUAUUAUUAUUAUUAUUAUUAUUAUUAUUAUUAUUAUUAUUAUUAUUAUUAUUAUUAUUAUAUCUGUGGAGGAUAGAUAGGUGGGAGCAGCGUUAUGUAGAGAUUUGAAAGCAAGAACCAGAAUUUAUUCAUUCAUAUUAAAUGCACCCACGGUUAUUUUAGAUCAUGUUAAAGGGAAACUCCAGUGCUAGGAAAACAAUCUGUUUUCCUGGCACUGCAGGUCUCCUCUCCCUCCCACCCACCCCAAUCCCCGGUUGCUGAAGGGGUAAAAACCCCUUCAGUGACUUACCAGAAGCAGCGACUUACCAGAGCUCCUCCUCUGCAUUACGUCGGCAGAGCGCAUGCGCAUUAGAGCUCCCCAUAGGAAAGCAUUGAAAAUGCUUUUCAGUGCUUUCCCAUGGGGAAUUGAGCGACGCUGGAGGUCCUCACACAGCAUGAGAAUGUCCAGCGACGCUCUAGCUCAGGUUUUCUGUGCUAUGACGCAGGAAGUGCCCUCUAGUGGCUGUCUAGUAGACAGCCACUAGAGGUGGAGUUAACCCUGCAAGGUAAUUAUUGCAGGUUAUAAAAAAAAAAAAAAAGAAAAAGAAAAAUGCAAUAAUUACACUUGCUGGGUUAAGGGUAGUGGGAGUUGUCACCAGAUCACUCCAAUGUGCAGAAGUGGUCUGGGUGCCUGGAAUGUCCCUUUAAUGAGAAAUUGACUUUUAUUUCACAUGAAACUAUUUAAUAUUAAUAAAAUCUAAAGUUUGAGAAAUUAAGAAUUUUUUUUUUUUUUUUUUGUUCUGCAUGGCAUUUUAACUGUGAAUGUCGAACUGUUAAACACACGUUUGUGUUCAGUGAGGUCUCAUGAGUAAAACAGUACCCCCGUGUACAGGUUUCAUGGUGUAUUGUAAAGUUACAGGCUUAAAUAUAGAGCUUACAAAUUACAUUCUCUGGACUUUCUGCUUGGGUUGUCAGGCAGGUCCCUCAAAUUAUAACUACUAAAAUCGCAUAAGUAUGUAAAAUGAUACAGACGUAGACUUUUUAAAUGUAUACAUACCGUAUAUACUCGAGUAUAAGUCGACUCGAAUAUAAGUAGAGACCCCUAAUUUUACCCCAAAAAACUGGGAACUUAUUGACUCGAAUAAGACUAGGGUGGGAAAUGCAGCAGCUACUGGUAAAUUUCUAAAUAAAAUCAGAUCCCAAAAAUAUUAAUUGAAUAUUUAUUUACAGUAUGUGUAUAUAAUGAAUGCAGUGUGUGUGCAGAGCCUUGGUGGGGGGUGGGCAUUUUUAUUAUUUUUUUAAAUUAUUAUUAUUUUAAUAUAUUUAUAUUAAUAAUAUUUUUAUUUUAUUUUGUAUUAUUUAAAUUUGUAUUUAUAUUUUUUUGUCCCCCCUCCCUGCUUGAUACAUGGCAGGGAGGGGGGCUCUCACUCCCUGGUGGUCUAGUGGCAUGGGCUGUGUAGGAGGGGGGCUGGCAGAGAGCUGUAACUUACCUUUCCUGCAGCUCUUGUCAGCUCCCUUCUCUCUCGUCCGGUCAGCUCCUCUGUCAGCUCCCACUGCAAGUCUCGCGACGUGAGUGCCGCGCGGACCGUUGCCACGGUAACUUGCAGUGGGGCUGACAGGGAAGCUGACCAGAAGGGAGCUGCAGGAAAGGCAAGUUACAGCUCUCUGCCAGCCCUCAACAAGACCGCCGGGCUCAUUACAAUGUAAGUUGCCAUAAUAUAGACAGUGACUCGAGUAUAAGACGAGUGGGGGGUUUUCAGCACAAAAAAUGUGCCAAAAAACUCGUCUUAUACUAGAGUAUAUACAGUAUCUAUUAUCUGAAAUACAAAUCCAUUUACAUUCAGUAUAUAUUUGUUAUAUAACUUCAUUCGAAGUGUGUUUUGAUACAUAUAUAUCAAAGUACAGUUAGAAUGAAAUAGCAUAUUUUUUCAUUUUUAAUCUAUAUUAUAUUCUAAGUGUAAUUAAUAUUAAAAUAAAAAAAAGCAACUCACUUUUGAAAAAGGUGUUAGCCGAAACGCGUCCAGUGGACUUUUCUGAUAUGUGAGGUUAUUUUUACCCAAACUAUUUUGUUUUCUUCACCUAUUUUCUGCAUCCUGGAGUGUCUAUGGUGUAAGAUCAACUUUAUUGAGGCUGGCAAAAGAAUAUUUGACCCACUGCAUCCUCAUUUUCAAGCUACUCGUCUGAGCCAGCUUUAAGUGGCUCAGAAUCAUGUGAGUUGGACCAGUAAAGUGUAUAUAGGUUUUAACUGUUAAAGGACCACUAUAGGCACCCAGACCACUUCAGCUUAACGAAGUGGCCUGGGUGCCAGGUCCAGCUAGGUUUAACCCUUUUUGCUGUAAACAUAGCAGUUUACUGCACAUACACUGCUAUGUUUACCUAUGGGUUAAUCCAGCCUCUAGUGGCUGUCUCAUUGACAGCCGCUAGAGGCGCUUCCGCGCUUCUCACUGUGGGUUUUUUCUUUUUUUGUUUUUUUUUUUCAGUGAGAAGAUGCCAGCGUCCAUAGGAAAGCAUUGAGAAUGCUUUCCUAUGAGACUGGCUGAAUGGCGCGUGCUGUGCAUGCGCAUUCAACCGAUGACGGAAGAAGAGGGAGGAGAGUCCCAAUGCAGAGGGAGCCCGGCGCUGGAAAAAAAGGUGAGGGAUUAACACCUUCCUCCCCAUUCAGCGCCACGGGAGUGGGACCUUGAGGGUGGGGGCACUAUAGUGGUAGGAAAAUAAGUUUGUUUUCCUGGCACUAUAGUGGUCCUUUAACUAUAUUACCCUAUGUUCUUUUUAUAUUUGCAUUUUUAGAUUCCAACUUCAAUGUUUAUCUGUGGUAUAUUGUGUGCUCUCACUUCUGCAUUUUGUAUAUAUGUCACUGUUAAGUGUGUGGCUUUUUUUUUGAGUGAUUCACACAGGUGGUGGGUUGUCGGGCAGUCCCCUCCGAAUCGAAGCAUCACUGUGGCGGGGGAGUGCUGGCGAUCUGCAAGGUGGGCUUUAACGCUGCAGGGCGGUAUAAUACACUUGCUGCAGGGGUGCAUAGUAUGCCCUGCGGCGUUAAGGAGUUAUUGUUCCUAUCCCUAGCUUCUGUUGGUAGUCUUGUCACGUGCUGUUUGACAUAAAAAAAGUAAAAAAAAAUAUUUACUUGCCUAUUUCUAGCACUGAAACAUCCUUGGCACUGCUUACCUCUCCUCUUAUGGCAUCACAGAGGAAUCUGCCCAAUCCACUGCUCUAUAUAGAGUAGCUUUGGGGGACGCAAUGUGCAAUCGCAGCGAGUGUUGCGCAAAUCAAACCUCCACAUAGGCAAGCAUUUCACGCUUUCCUAUGGGAGUUUUACGCUGUUUUUGAGGCAGGAAGUGCUUCUAGUAGCUCAGUAGAACUUUGAGGUGUUUAAAGGACCACUAUAGUGCCAGGAGGGUGCCCCCACCCUCAGGGUCCCCCUCCCGCCGCGCUCUAGGGGGUGGAAGGGGUUAAACUUGCUUUUCUCCAGCGCUGGGCAGGGGACUCUCCUCCUCGGCUGAAUGCGUAUGUGCGGCAAGAGCAGCGUACGCAUUCAGCCAGUCCAUAGGAAAGCAUUCACAAUUCUUUCCUAUGGACGCUGGCGUCUUCUCACUGUGAAAAUCACAAUGAGAAGCGUCUCUAGCGGCUGUCAAUGAGACAGCCAAUAGAGGCUGGAUUAACCCUCAGUGUAAACAUAGCAGUUUCUCUGAAACUGCUAUGUUUAUAGAAAAAAGGUUAACCCUAGAUGGACCUGGCACCCAGACCACCUCAUUAAGCUGAAGUGGUCUGGGUGCCUAUAGUGGUCCUUUAACAUUACAACGUAAACAUUGCAGUUUCUUUAAAAACAAAUGCAAUGUUUAACAUUGCAGGAUUAAACCUACAGGGACUUCAGCACAAAGCUUCACUGAGCUCAAGUGGCCUGGGUGACUCAUAGUACUUAAGCAGUUCUUAAAGCAACUUUUUAUUUACUUUUUUAGCUGUGUUUUUACAAAUUUAGGUAAUAGAAUCCCCACCUACUACGAAAUUAUUUAUCUUUAAACAAAUAAGAAAAAAAAUAACAUAAAACAGAUAUGCCAUCUCUUGGUACCUGAGAUGAAACAUUUAAAAAAUGUAAAGGGGAAACAUUGCUUCUAUGGAAAUAUAUAUUGAAUAAAACCUUGAAAAUAACCUAUAACGUGUAAACUUUUUUUCAUGUGAUGUUCAAUUUUCACCUUCUGGGGUGUUUGCCUCCAUCUGGAAAUUUGCAAAGACCUACCCAAAGGUGACUUUGCCAGUUGAUGUCUCUCCUCGGGCUGUAGGGGAAGGUAAAGUUAAUUGAACUGAAGCUGUCCCUUGCAGCCACUGCCAUCUGCAUCCGGUGGAUCCUCUUCAGCUCCUGGCGCUUAAUCCUGCAGGAGCCCAUGUCAGAGUUGUAAUUUCACAUGUGAGAGAUUAUAGCUCAGAGUAUUAUGGAGGAUCCCACAGCAGAAAAAUAGUGUUGCAAUGAGUUAGGAUAAAAAGACAAAAGGUAGCUUCACCUAUUUGUCAAGCAAUGGAGUUCCUACGUUGCCCUAUGUAUUUUAGGAGGAAAAAGAUGAGAAAAGAACAGACUAGGAGUGAGGAAGAAAAGAGGAACCAAUAGAAGUAAGGGUAGGGUGACAAAGCCAUUUAAACUAGUAUGAAAGAUCUAGCAAACUACUGUACACCAUAAUCCACUUCAGUCCAGGACAAUCAUUGAAAAUAAAAAAAUCAUUUCAUAUAUUCUCCUUGGUGAUUUGCCAGAUUCAAAGAAGAUAGCUUAUUAUAGUGACUGACAUGAAGCCAAGACUCUCAGUUUACACAUAAUCUGGUGCUGAUUUCUACAUUGAAAGGGCUACUUUAACCACCAUGACCACUUCAGUGUUUUGAAGAGGUCAUGGUGGUAGGACUAUGUAUGUGCAGCAUGUGACAAACUGAACCUCGUCACGGGUUCUUGGAGGGGCCUGCUGGCCAGCCACUUACCUCAGGACCAUGGCUCAGGCAUUAGACUUUGGUUCAGGACUGUGGAUAGGCUUUUUGUGCCUGUUCCCUUAUAUGGUUUGUUAUAUGGGGCUUACUGAAUGGAUUAUACUUAUGCUGUUCAUAUGUCGAACCAACUAGCGAACAGUUGGGCCACCUUGAAGUUAAGUGUGUCGCUUUUUUAACCUUUAUUGACCGUGUUAUCUGCCAUAUUCUAACCGGUCGGCUGGGUGGCUGCUGUUCGGAUGGACGAACACAAAGUGGCGGCCAUCUUGUUCCCGCGAAAACAUACAGCGGUGUUUGGUAGUUGAGUGCAUUAAACUAUAAUCGGACACUUGACAGCGCGAACACUGCUGGGACUUCCAUCUCUUCAUACAUUCAAGUGGAUUCACUUAAGAGCGGCGUUCGUUCCCGAAUAAGAGACACAGACUGUGUACAUACGAACUGGUUGUGGGGUUUCCAUGUGUUUUUGGGGGUACUUUCGGGAGGCUGUAAAAUGUGUUUUCUGUGCCUGGAGAUAAUGGAGUUUAGUACAGUUUCUGACUCCAUUAUCUGUCAGGCACAGGGGAGGGAUUAUCUUGUUUCGGGUGGGAGUGUUCUGGACCUGAGAGCCAAUCUACUCAUGUAUGUGUUUUUGCUGUAGUCUACUCUAAGGUCCAUUGGGGAAUGCACCUAGAAUAUGUUUGAGGAAACUCCUUGCAUGGGGACUGACAUAAAAGGCAGUGUGUGGAUUCCAUUAAACGGAACGAUUUACCUCUUCAUGAAGUCUAGGCUCAUGUUUGGGGGAUUUGGAGAGCUAAAUUCAUUCUGGAGAUUGCUAUAAAUACUAUACUCCCUUGGGUUACAGCACUUGCGCUUGUAAGAGCAGUCUGCUAUACUCUCUGGAGGAGGAGAGGCCUACACACUGGAAGCUGGAUCCUGGUCUUGGGUCCUGGGUGGGUAGAGGACAGCGACACCCUAACCAAGCUGUAAUGCUGGCUGUGGGGACUAUGGUGUCUGGUAUAAUGCUUGGAAGUACUCGGUGAGCACUAGCGAGCAUCGAUUGGUCGGGGUGCCAGGCACAGCACAUACUGAAAUAUUUUUAAUUGUGGAUGGCGUGGUGGGGAUAGUUGCACACCCAGCAAACAUGGCAUUGGCAGUCCAGGACAUGUUAGUGUAACAUCUUUGUAUUCUUAAAACUAAAGUGUUCCUUUUAAAUAGAGAUAAAUAAAUGUGAUUUUAUUAAUCAUUGGAAGUGACAGUUUCUCUUUAAUUUAUUUAGAGCUAAUUAAAUGUGCACAAUAUUUGCAUUAACGAUAUGGACAGCGAUGAGCCAGGACACAGGCUUUCGGGGGGACAUGUGGUUUGCCUCGUAACUAGGGGGCAGCACCAGGGGUCAGCUUGCCAAGUAACUAAAGUGCGCUGUAAUGGUAAUAACAGUGCCACUUUAACCAAGUCCAGAUAAAAUAACUGAUAUAUAAUCAAACAUGACCUACUCUAAAUGUAGGGUUUUUUUUGUUUUUUUUUAAUGCCCAUAGGACACAAAACUUAAAUUGGGUUUAAUGUACAAGCCAUGCCUAAAAUUUGCCACCACUUAUGUCUGAAGGCCAUUUUGAUUUGUUUUGUCCACAGCGUGUUAUUUCAGUGAGUGCUUGUAUUUGAUGAUGGUCUGGAUGUGUGAAUGCAGGCAUCUGUGUGUGUGUGUGUGUGUGUGUGUGUGUAUGCAUGUUCAAAUACGUGCAUUGAAAUGUACUAGUAGAAGCUGUCUGUUUUAAGUGUAUUGUGUGUUUUCACAGGAUGUAAGUAGUUUGUUCAAUUUUUUUUUUUUUUUUUGUGUAUAAAACAUACAACACACACACAAAAAAAAAACUUUUAUAAAUGCAAGUAAAUUGGAGCGUUUCUAUGAAUACAUUUUUGGUACCUUUUUGCCCCUCCAUAUUAUACUUGCCCUCUCAAUAAACCUGUCGCCUUUCACAUUCUAGGAAAUAUUGUGGAGGAACGGGAUCAGUGACCUCUUUGGCCCAUGUCCUCUCUUGCUAUGACCCUGCAGCCACCAUUCUUCUCUACCCCUAACUCCUCAGAGGCUUAUCCACCAUUUUUGCCCUUUCCCUUACGCUUUUAUUUUAUUUAUUUUUUUGUGUCUAUGUUAAGAGCAACUUGUGCUGUAUGCACGUUUAUACCACCUUAUAUUACAGAAGUUCCUUUCAGUGUGAUUUGUGCUUGUCUGUAUUAUGCUUUGACUUUAAUAUUUUUUCAGGUUCAGAAUCGCCCCACAAGCAUUGAGUGGGAUGGAAUGGAUAACAACAAGCUGUAUACUCUUGUGCUCACAGACCCUGAUGCACCAAGUAGGAAGAAUCCCAAAUUUAGGUUAGCACCAUUACUUCUUAUUGUUCAGUUGUAGAUUACUAUCCCAGUAUGUCAAUCAUGGUCUGGAGCUACAUAAAUAAGUUUAGUUACUGUUAGCCUUUGCUGUGCUUACUAUGCUUACACACUGGUUACACCCUCGCAGUUACAAUUUUUUAUUUUUUUAUUUUUGUGUCUCUGUACUGGUGAACACCACACCUGCAAACAUCUUAGCCUAUCCACCUUUGGAGUGGCUCCUCCUGGAAUUGUAUUUUGAUUUAUCCAUGUGGUAGCGUGAGGAGUUUAUAUUUCCUUCCUGGAUGGUGAGAGCUCAGAAGCCUUACAUAUGGAAUGUAAAACUGAUAGAGGCGCUCAGAAUGCAUCUCUGUCCUCUCAAGCACCUCCCCCAUACACCUUUUAGUUCUGUUUCUUCUUGCCCUUGGAGGAACAUGGGCAUGUCCGCCUUCUGAAAAGACAGAUUUUUAUUUUUACAAGCCUGAAAAUAGGUGUUCCCUUUCGAUAAUGGACACAUUAUCCCCUUGUACCUAUAUAAUUAGAAGGUGGGGGUCGAAGAGACAAAAUAAAUAGGGAAAGACUGUGGAGGUGGAAGACCUAUAUAAAAAAAAUUAUAAAAAAAAAAUUGGGCAAAUACACCAAAAGGGAAUUUAAAGGGACUCUUAAGGAGAAGGGGAGAUAAUGAUAUCUCUGCUUAAUGAGGACUCAUUCAUUAUAACCAAGUUUAUAAACUUCUGCUUCAACUAAUAAAUAAUUGCUACACUUGCUGCUGACUACAUGUUUAUAAGUAAAGGGUGUCUAGUUGGGAUCCACCAUGUUCUGCAUAAAAAUGAAAACAUCCCUGCACCAAGUGUUUUUAUUUUUUUGUUGGUGACCAGAGCAAAAUGUUUGUUUUGAUGUGGCCUUUGAAUCCUUCUGGACUAUAUCCAUUCCAGCACCAGAUGUGGUGGGCAACCAGCAUAUCACUGCCUUAAAUGUCUCUCUGGUGAUACAUGGCUUCCACUUAUGAAAAUCGGCUUGGCAGAUACUCUCGCUGGACUAAUGAGCAGCCCGGCCAGCUAACAUGGGUACAAAUGGCCAGCCUUUGGAAUGCUGUCAAAUUUAUAUUCAAACAUGUUCGCAUCAAGGUACAGCAGGUAACUGUAAUGUGCUUAAACUUAAAUGAACAAAAGAAUCACUAAUUGCCUUAAUUAGUAUGCCUUGUUUCUUGUUUUUGUUUUCUUAAUUUUUUUUUUCUUCUUCUCUAUCUCAAGUUUUUAUGCAUUAAUUUUAGGGAAUGGCACCAUUUCCUUGUGGUGAACAUGAAAGGAAAUGACAUUGGCAGUGGAUGUGUCCUAUCUGAUUAUAUAGGCUCAGGACCACCAAAAGGAACAGGUGAGUAAUAUCACAUGACCUGAUGACCACUUUGUCAAUGUGUCAUACCUUUAAAAGGGGAAAACUCUCUCCCCUCCAAGGAGCUAGCUCAGCUAUGGAUGUUGCAUGCACAAUCCACAAGGCAGUGGCUGCUAACACAUGCCAAUACAGUUUAUGGAACCAGGCUGUAUAUAGCAAGGCUGCUAUCAGUUAUGCUAUCCAGUGCAAUGAUUUGAACUGCUCUUUGAGGGUAAAUGUUAAUCCAUAAUCUCCAGCUGGAUGCAAUCUGGGUAAGAUCUCCCUGUAGAGCAGAAUGAGAAACAUCUGACUGGAGGUCUGAUCCUGAUGUGGGAGGUGUCUUUCUGCAGGCAGGUCCACUAAAUAGUGAUUCAGGUAGAAAUAUUUUUGGUACAUUUUUAACUUUUUUCAUUAUUCUAAUAGUAAGUCAGAUCUUGAAAUCUUUAACAAACUGAUCCUCUGGAAGACUAGAUGAACACCAGCAUGACCCAAAAUAGAAAUAUGUUCACAAAGCAUGUCCUAAGGAGUAGAUUGAUUUUAUUUAUUUUUUUUAUUUUUAUUUUUUAUUUAUUCAUUAUUUUUUUACAAAUCUACAUCAGAAACUUGCAUGAUGGCAAAAACUAGUGGAUCAUGUCAUGUUACUGUAAUUUGUGGCUCAACACGAGAUAGUUGAACAGCUUGAGAGAUGUAUGUUGUUCAUAAAAUACAUUCGGAAUCUGAAACUUUAAAGGGGUACUGCCUUUAGAAGUGGUCAUGGAGCAAGCUGUCUAUUUUUAGUAAAUGUUUGGAGUGUAGUUUCGAUUCCUGACAUAAAGUGGCGGUAGCUGUGGAUAUUUAUCAUCUUGUGGAAAAGCCGAUUUGUAAAAUCUAAAUAAUCCCUCCUCAUUACCCCUUCAACACCAGACUAUUCCUCCAAUAACCAGUAUUCUUCCUUGUCCCAGUCGUCAACAGACCUGUUGACUGUUGAGGAAGUCUAGUAAAACGCACAGGGUGCAGCUGGGGGACCUGGUCAAUAGUUCUCCUGGAGGUGAGCUAAGAGCCCUGCUCAGAGUAGGUAUUUUUUAUGUUAACCAGGACAUUUACUCUUAAUUUCAAAUGUCUGGCCCAACGUCUCCUAAAGAUUUGGAAAAGGAGAAAAUGGCAGCACCUGCACUGAAAAAAGCGGCAUACAAAUCUAAACAUAUAGAUCUUGCACAGAAUGCUUUACACCACUGCCAGAUGGAUGCAGAAAAAAAAUGUGCAAUGUAUGUUCCUCUGAAAAUUUGAGAAAACAAAGCCGAAAGACAUACAAACUUUCCUUCACUGGUUUCCAGAUAAUCUAGCACAAAUCUUUGACUCAUUCAAGGGGACGACUAGAGCAACUAUGCCACAUAUGCUGGAAAAAAAACUAGUAAGAAACCUAUGAGGAUGACCUCUCCUACUUCCAAUUUCUCUUCUGGAGAAUGUUCAGACACCUCUUACUCAUCUCUACCUAGCCAAACUUCAAGUUUGGAAGAAGGUUUUCCUAUUGAAGAACUUAAAAGAUUCACUAAGGAAGUUUUGUCUGUUUUAGCCGAAGACAGUUCUGCAAAGAAGAAAGUUAAGUUAUCCUAUACAACAUAAAUUACUGGAGCUGGUAUAUAGAGAAUGGAAAAACACAGAAAAAAGGCUUUUAUCUCAAAACAUAAGGAGGUUUUUUUUUUGUUUACAAGAUGAGAUGGGAAGAUCUACCGAAAGUAAAUACUCAACUGUCAAAGAAAACACCUCUAUCUAUAAGUGAAGUAUCCAGAUUAAGAAAUCAUAGAGCUAUAAGGGUUUUCCAAGCAGCAGACUUUCAAGGUAAAGCAGCAGUAGCAGGCACUUUGGUUAUUUAAAGCUCAGAAAUCAUGGUUUCAAGCAAUGGAAAAUUGUCUUUCUGAAGUAACAGAAAAAGAAAUACCUCAACUAAUACACAUCAGAUCGACUAAUGAUUUUAUGAUCGAGAUGUCUGAAGUCCUUAAACUUUUGGCACGCGUGAUGGAUUUAGCCUCCGUAGCUAGAAGAGCAUUUUUGCUCCACUGUUGGUUGGCUGAUACAGCAUCUAAGGCUUCUCUAUGUGAGCUACCACUGGAAAGUCGCAAAUAGUUUGUUUCACCUCUAGAAAAAGUGAGCAAACCUGUUGGACACCAAGAAAGGCUUGCCACAAGAAAGCAGAUUUUUCAUCUGGGAAUAGAAGAUUUCAAUACCGCCCACAAAGAUCUUUAAGAUAUAAUAGACCUCAGUAUUUUCUGAGGCACCCCAGAGACUACAAGUUAAGCGAUAAGUCAUCAAGUGGACAAGGCAAAAAGAAAAUGUUCUGACUCUAAAGUUGGAGGACGACUUAAACAGUUUUACGAAAUAUUGAGAAAAACGACAAACCCAUGGAUUCUGAGUCCAAUAAACAGCGGCUAUAAAAUCCCACACCAUGAUUUAUGUUAUUGUCUUAUCUUUCACAGCAAAAAAGGGAGGCUGCCCUGGCAGAAGCUAUGAUCUUGGUAAAAAAAAAAAAAAAAAACAGUCAUUGAGAAAAUCCCAAAACUACAAGUAGGACAAGGAGUCUAUUCAAGACUGUUCCUAGUGCCCAAGCAAGAUCAAUCAGACCAAUUCUGGAUCUAAAAAAUGUCAACAGAUUCAUAUAAAAAAAAUUCUGCAUGGAAACCAUCCAAUAUGUGACUCUAAUAUUGAACAGAUUAGAUUUUUAUGGCUACCCUAGACCUGAAAGAUGCCUACCUAGGCAACUACAAGACAACAUCUAAGAUUUGCAAUACAUUCAGGUACAAGAAUUCUGAAUUUUCAGUUUAAGGCUCUCCCGUUUUGGUCUGACAUCCGCACCAAGGGUCUUUACAAAGAUACGAAGUCCAUUAGCCGCAACUCUGAGAGAAAGAGGCAUAACAAUAGUUUUGUAUCUAGACGACUGCUUCAUUAAAGCAGAUUCCAGAAGUCCACUGCAAAAAGGUAUCUGCAACUUCUCAGGAAUCAUGGUUGGAUAAUCAACAAAGAAAUCUCAAUUGCUUCCAACUUUGAAUAUUCAAUUCUUGGCUUUAAUUGUCGAUUCAAGAACCUUCUCUCUCCAUCUUCCUUGUCACAAAAGACCAAAGAUAUGAAAAAUAUAUAAUUUCUGCAACAAAAGCCAAAUUGCACAAUAAGAAAAGCUAGGAGUAUUCUGGUAUUACUAGCCUUUUAUAUCACAGCUGUCAGGUGGGCAAGAACAGCAAUGAGGCUACUCAAAUGGGAGAUAUUAUCACAUUGGUCAAAAAAUGAUCAUCUGGAUUUGAGGUUGUCUGGAAUCCACUGACUUGGUGGAAACAUACAAAGUUUGUAUCGUUGGGUUACCCUGUCCAUCAAAGGGAAUUGAUGGGGAUUAUUAGCACGUUACUUUUUCUUUCUCUUUUUCAUACUCCGUCUAGCAAGUUUAACAGGGAGAGAGGCUUUAUCUCGUUUCUAUUCUGUAUUACCUUUUAGUGUAAUAGAACUUAUUAUCUUAGGAAAUACUGUUAAUAGCGUUUACUAUAUCAAGGCAAAAUUAUCCAGCAUGUUCUUGAAGGCAUAUACCAAUUGCCUAAGACUUCUAUCAGCUAGCCUCCAAUAAUGUUCACAUACUAGAGUGAAAAUUCACUAUAGAAAUUACACUAUCUCCCUUUUUUAUCUUGCUGAUUGGACCACAAAUUAACUCCUUGAAGAUCCCCUUAAUUCGGCCAUUCUGAAUAAAACCUAUACAAGGGGUAUGGUUUUGAGUCACUUUUCAGUCAGAGAAAAGCAAAAUAGCUUUUGUAAUUCACCUCUUUCAUAUUAAGUGCACCCACACUUAUUAUAUAUCAUUUUAUUCAUGAGAAACAGGGCUUUAAUUCCACAUGAACUAUUCAUAUAUGAAACAUAACUUAUUUAUAACAUUUUAAAAAAAAAUGUGUAGUUCCGCCUGACAUUUUAGCUGUAAAUGUCAUGAUACUGUUUGCUUUUACUGCAAUAAAAUGUACAUAUUUGAAUUCAGCAAUGUUUCACGAGUAAGAGUACCUCCCAUUAACAGUUUUUUUACGGUGUUUUGGAAAGUUACAGGGUCAAAUAUAGCACAUUCCAUUUUUCAUUUUUUUUUUUUUUCACAUUCAAAUUUGCCAGAUUAGUAAUGUUACCUUUGAGACAGUGUGGUAGCCCAGGAAUGAUAAUUACCCCCAUGAUGGGGUAUGUCCAGUCUUUUUUAAUAGCCACUUAGUCACAAACACUGGCCAGAGUUAGCAUUCAUAAUUGGUUUUUGUGGGGGGGGAAAAGCAAAAACCAAAUAUUUGGGCAGUGUUUGUGACUAAGUGACUACUAAAAAUGACUGGACAUACCCCAUUUGCAAUACCUUGGGUUGUCUACUUUUGAGGGUAAUUCUCAUUCCCGGGCUACCAUACGGUCUCAAAGGCAACUUUACCAAACUGGCAAAUUUCAAUGUAAAUGAAAUGCAAGCCUUAUAUUUGACUCUAACUUUCCAAAACUCCAUAAAACCUGUACAUGGGGGGUAUGGUUAUACUUGGGAGAUUUCACUGAACAAAAACAGAAGUGUUUCAAAACAGUGCCGUUCGUGUGUGGGGGAAAAAUGCAAAAAAAAAAGUCACUCUUACUGCAAAUAUCAUCGUUGUAAUACAAUUUAUCAUUUUGAAACACUAAUAUUUGUGUUCAGCGAAGUCUCCCAAGUAAAACCGUACCCCCCAUGUACAGGUUUUAUGGUGUCUUGGAAAGUUACAGGGUUAAAUAUAGUGCUUGCGAAUUAAAUUCUCUGCACUUUCUGCCUGGGUUGUCAGGCAUGUCAAUCAAACUUUAAUUAAUUCACAUUAUGUUAAAAGAUUACUUAAAUAUACACAUAGAAUUUUAAUAAAUAUAUAAAAAAAACUAUUUAAAUUCUACUUGUAUACUUAUGUAAUUAUAUAUUCAUUAUAUUUUUGCGGUUAUUUGUAAUAAAAAAUAUAAUAUAGUUGGAAUGAAAUUACAUAUGUGUAUAUAUAAUUAAAAUUUAAAAAAAUAUAUUUUAUUGUAUUCUUGUAAUUAUACGUGUAUAUAAUAUCUUGUGUAUGUAACUUCAUUCUAAGUAUUUUAAUACUAAUAUAUGUAAUUAUAUUAACAUUAAAAUACACUACAUACAUUUAAUUUAUUUUACAUGUCUAAUUUUUUUUUAUUUUCCCACCAGCAGGGGGACUGUCUGACAGCCCAGACAGUCCCCCUGCAGGCAGAUCCACAGCCAGCUAUAGGGGACCAUGUGAUCGCUCUUUGAGAGUGAUCACAUGGCCCCCGGGGGCCUGAUUUGCCGGGGGAGGGCUGCCUGGGCUGUCAGGAAGUCCUCCUGAAGAGGAUCGCGGCGGAGGUAAGUACCGUGGACCUCCUGGGGGGUUAAGCCGUUAGGUCAUUCUAUGCCGGCGUUAAGGAGUUAAACUUAAUAUUUCUAUAUGGAUCACUACGGACGCCUCAGAAUUUGGAUGGAUAUUCAUUUCCAUCAAGAAGUUUGUAGUUGGAAGAAUGACUUGCUUCCUUGUGAGCUGUGAUAGAAUUCAACCAGACAGCAGCACAACCGUAUCCUAUAUCAAUCGACAAGGCAUAAUCCUUGCAUGUUCUUUAUAGAAAUAUUAUGACCUGGGCGCAAGAAAAUUUAGAUACCCUUUUGGUCGUUCACAGAAAAUGUAAUCUAUCUCUUGACUGGUGUGUGUAUUUGUGUUAAGCAAUGUAUUAACUAACCACUUGCUUCAGGUGGAACGGGUUUUCAUCCACACUUUUUUUUUUUUUUUUCAACCAUAUAUAUUGUUGUGGUGAGGAAAAAGGGAUGAUGAAAACCCCUUCCACCUGACGUAAGUGGAUAGUUAAUACAUUGCUAAACACAAAUACACACACUAGUCAAGCCAUAAGACUUGCUUUUCCCACAGAAAUCUCACUUUAACAGUGCUCUCACUACUGCAAGGGAUUCUGGGUAGGCGUAUGCAAAUGAGCUUAGAGAAUCACAUUUUUGCCUCAUAAUUCCACUUUAUACAUGGAUUCCUUGGAGUAUGUGUCUGCUGUAUACAACAGCUUUGAAACACAACUCAGGAAGAGGAGCAAGGGUUCACGCUGGCUCAUCCUGUUCCACAUCUGGAUCCAAGUACCGAAUUUACCAUCUUCCUGCUAGAUUGAUUGCCUGUGUACUACUUUUAUCUUCUAAGUGUUAUUUGUAAUAAAGAAGGGGCACUUCCGGAAUCAUAAUGGACUUUUGGUCCGUUAUCUGACACUGGACAACCUCACGCUUUGCAUGAGGAACUCCAGCAUUAGAUUUUUUUGAUUCAGUGCUUUCCUAUGGGGCGGUCUAAUGCGCGCGUGGCAUUUGCCACACAUGCACAUUCGACCCCGCUUUUUGCAGGACGGAGGAGGGGGCGGAGCUUCGACUUAGUAAGGCAGAGGGAUCGGUAGAAAUACAAAGCUGCAUUCCUGGCACUGCAGUAUCCCUUUAAAUUCCAACACAGUUGGUGUAUUUCGUAAAGAUUUUAAAGUAUAUCUUUUGAGUGGGUUGGCAUUUCAGUGAAAUGUCAAUGUAGUCUUUGUGUGCAUUUAAAAAAGCUUCCAUCUUUAUGAAAUGAUUUUUAUUUAAUUUUUGUUAGUGGGAUGACAGCAGCUUAUGAGAAAAGCCCUAUCAACAUGUUUAAGGGUACCAACUUAGUAUUCUGUUUAGUAGAUAGCUUUCUAAUUUGGGAGCCAUCUACGCUGAUCUUAAUUUUAACUGUAUAGAUAGGGGCGGCCCUCUAUUUACAGAUAUGGCAUUUGGCCCUCAUGCAAUAAAGGUUGCUGACCUUGGUUCUACUCAUUUGCCCUCUUGUGCUAUUCAAAAGAAGCACAAAAACUAGUUGUAUAGCAACUCCAUUAUUGAGUAAAUUAAGGAAUUCUCAUACAUGUAUAAUUCCUUUUCUAAUCAAUAAAAAAAAAAAAAAAAAAAAAUUAUGUAAGAAGUGUAUACAUUUAGAUUUAUUUGUAUUUGUUUUAUUAUUUGUUGCCUUAUGUUACGGUCUAAAUAAUUCUCACACCUAAGUGACUGCCAUGUAGAUUUGGGAAAGAAAGUUACAAAGAGAAAAAAAAAUAAAUGUAAUGCUUCAUAUAAAUAGCAGAAAAAAAAUAAAAAAAUAAAAAUCUCUAAACUUUUCAGGGCUGGCGCUAAUAUCAGGCUGCCGCCAUAGAGCGUACCAGCCUGGGAGAGGGGGGUGGGAACACACUGGAUCAGGCUGUCUGGCAGGAGAGGAGCAUGUUGCACAAAACUUCUCUGCUGACGGUUAUUGCUUGUAACAUGGCCAGACUGCGGAAGAGGAGCUAGUUUCUCUUUACGUGGUCUGACAGGAAGUGCACUGAGAGCGCUGAACUGCUGUCAGACCGGGUGGAGGGAAACCAGUUCCUCUACAGGGAAGGUAAGCUGGCACAUGAGGGUGCUGGGGGAAUGAGGAGGUGCUGGUGGGGAGGAAUAGGACACGGUGGGAGGGAAUGAAACUUAAAGGGGGGUCCUGGGGGAAUUAGACAUGGGGAGAUGGGAAUAAAACAUGUGAAUGGAGGGGCUGGGGGGAAUGAGGCACGUGAAUUCAAGGGCUGAAUGAACAUUAUUGCGUAGUAACACCUCUGGUAACUUACGGAGUCACUAGAGGUGUUGCACAGUGUGCAGCACUGAUGUCGUGGAGGCGCUGCAUGUUCGUCAUAGACCUGCAUUUAAAUCAAUGUAUCUCUAUGAGGAGAUGCAGAAUGGCACAGCGUGGAAGUUUGCUGCACACGUGCAAUAGUCUCCAGUAGGAAAGCUUUGGAUUGGCUGAGGUCAUCAACAUUGAUCUCAGCCAAGGAGGUGGAGCGUAAGUGGGGCCAGCCACAGAGACCCAUGCAGCACUGGAAAUCCGUAAGUGAAAACUUUUUCACAGCCGGCAUGGGGUGCUGGAUACCUAAAGUAUGUCUUCAUACAGAUAGUGUCAGAAAUACACGUUUGUAUUCCUGACACUAUAGUGUUCUUUAACUCUGCUUAUUCUGUACAUAGAAAAUAAUAUGGACUCAAAUCUUGAAUACCUUUUGAGAGAUGCACUUAACUCUUGCUGCCUGCUUAAAAAAGAAACCAUACAUUGUUUGGUGUUUUAAAUUUAUUCUUAUUACUCAACUCCAUUUUUCAGGUUUGCUUUCUAAUUCCUCUUUUAAACAGGUCUCCAUCGUUAUGUUUGGUUGGUCUACGAACAGACUGAACCAUUGAAGUGUGAUGAGCAAAUUUUGUGCAACCGCUCUGGGGAACACCGUGGUGUGUUUAAAGUGGCGUCUUUCCGCCAGAAGUACAAGCUCGGCAGCCCUGUUGCUGGUAAUUGCUACCAGGCCGAGUGGGAUGACUAUGUACCCAAACUGUAUGAGCAGCUGUCAUCAUAAAAAACAAAACAAAAAAAAACAAACAAAAAACACUAAAGUAGACAUGUUCUUUUAGUGAGCUUCCAAAAACAAAUAACUUAUAGAAUUAAUUUCUGAAGCAGACUAGGUAAAAAAUCCCUAUACAUGAACAAUAUGUAUGCAGCAUUUAUUAGUACAGCAACGUCAUUUCCAAGGACAUAUUUAGAUGACCAGCAAUGUCUUCUGUUAGAUAUAUAUCUAUCUUUAUAUCUGCCGUUAGACAUGAUGAUGGCACAGUUAAAACGCACGUCCUGUUGGAGAGAUUGCACUUUUUGUGUUUGACAUGGGGAAGGAAUUAAUGCUGUGUCCUCCUCAAAACAUCUCAAAAACUGACCGCUGAAUUAUUUGAAGAUCACUUUGAAACCAUGCUGUUCAUGAUGACUUUUGCCCCAAAAUAUGUUUUGUGUAAUUACUUGACUGUUUCAUAAAAACCUAAUGUAAUACAAGUAUUUCAAACUGAAUUUUGUUCAAUUUAUUUUGCUGUGCUUUGUUUAAUACAUUUUGUGUGCAUUAAAUAUCAAUAAAAAUACUCUAAUUUGUGUUCUAAUUUUUAAGAUUUCAUGUUUUUAAUUUCAUUUAAAUUUUACAAAGUCAGAG